UAUGCCAACAAGCCGAUUAUUGAAGGCUACUGAGCCCUGUCUGUCAAUUUGUGUCCGUCCUCUGAUGGUCAUACAAAGGGAGACGAAAUACAUCCGCGGACCAAGUUUUCAUUCUCUACGACGCGGAGGAGGCCCUAUCCAGGACAGGAAAGUACUUUUUUUACACUGUAACUUUUUAUGGAUAUAUUAUGUGAAACUCGGGCUGGGGAAGUCACUGUUUCUGUUAUACAUGAUUUUGAGACAAAAUAGUUGUGGUAGUAACUCUACAGAGUUCUGAAAGUGAUCUCCCUUUACUUAAUUGUGUUUUUUUAGGUUCAUUUGGUGACACUGUUUUUGUUUGUUUUUUUCAACUAGUUGCACGGAAUUUCAUUUUUUAUAAUCUGCUUGAAAGUGCUUUAAGGAUAGCUAUUUUUCUUAAUGAAGAAGUGAAAGAAAUCUGAUAAAUGAGCAGCUGCAGUUACAUUUAACAGUAAGUUAAAAUCAGGCCACUACAAGCCAAAUCAACAGCAGAGCAAGCUUAGCCUUUUUAAAAGUUCAGUGGAGGGGUAAUGAAAAUGACAAGCCUCUCCAGGAGUACAGAUGACCAAAGAAACAUUGGUGAGAGUCCAUCUCACAUACCUGAGAACCCCAGGUACCGCAGCUGGGGCAGCAUCCGCUUCUCGAGAUGGAGAAGUGGCUCCCAGAGGGCGAGCCCUCCUGGUACCCCCUCCUCGAAGUCAGAGAAGAAGGCGGAUGUGACCAAGACGCUCUUCUCCUUGGUUCAGACUCACAAUGACGACUACACAGCAGAUCCAGAAGGCCUGCUGGAAACCAAGGAGGAGGGCGAGGAGGGCAAGGAGGGCAAGGAGGGCGAGGACGUUGGGCCCGCAGAAGACGAGUCCAACUAUUUCCAGAAGCAGUUUGGGUCAAUGCUGCAGCCCGGGGUCAACAAGUUCUCCCUGCGCAUGUUCGGCAGCCACAAGGGUGUUGCAGCUGAGCAGGCCAGGGUCAGGAGCUUCGGAGUGUGGAUCAUCCAUCCCUACAGUGACUUCAGGUUUUACUGGGACCUUGUGAUGCUGCUGUUGAUGAUGAGCAAUCUGGUCAUCUUGCCGUGGGGAAUCACCUUCUUUGAAGACCAGAACACCAUGCCCUGGAUCACCUUCAAUGUCCUGUCGGACACUCUCUUCCUCAUGGACCUGGUUUUCAAUUUCCGUACGGGCAUCCCGGUAGAGGACAGUCACAUCAUCCUGGACCCCAAAGAGAUCCGCAUUCAUUACCUGCGCACCUGGUUCAUGGUGGACUUCAUCUCCUCCAUCCCUGUUGACUACAUCUUCCUUGUUGUUGACCUGGAGUCCCUGCAGGAGUCGUCUGAUGUGUACCGCACAGCCCGCGCCCUCCGCAUCGUGCGCUUCACCAAGAUCCUCAGUCUGCUACGUCUCCUCAGACUGUCUCGCCUCAUCCGCUACAUUCACCAGUGGGAGGAGAUUUUCCACAUGACUUAUGACCUGGCCAGUGCUGCGGUGCGAAUAGUCAACUUGAUAGGCAUGAUGCUGCUGUUGUGCCACUGGGAUGGCUGCCUGACCUUCAUGGUGCCGAUGCUGCAAGACUUCCCCCCAGACUGCUGGGUAUCCAAGAAUGACAUGGUGAAUUCUACAUGGCACCUACAAUACUCCUAUGCCCUGUUUAUGGCCAUGAGUCACAUGCUGUGUAUAGGAUACGGGGCGCACGCCCCAGAAGGCUUGACUGACGUUUGGCUCACCAUGAUCAGCAUGGUGGUGGGGGCCACCUGCUACGCCAUGUUCCUGGGUCAUGCAACUACCCUGGUCCAGUCAUUGGAUGCAUCACAUCGCCAAUACCAAGAGAAGUAUAAGCAGGUGGAGCAGUACAUGUCCUUCCAUAAACUGCCCGCGGACGUAAGACAGAGGAUCCAUGAUUAUUACGAGCAGCGAUUCCAAGGCAAGAUGUUCGAUGAGAACAGUAUCUUUGGAGAGCUCAGUGAUCCGCUGAAGGAGGAGAUUGUCAGCUAUAACUGCCGUGGGCUUGUAGCCAACAUGCCACUGUUCGCCAACACUGACCCUCAUUUUGUGACAGUGAUCCUGACCAAGCUGCGUUUCGAAGUCUUCCAACCUGCAGACUUGAUCAUAAGAGAAGGAACGCUGGGUCGUAAAAUGUACUUCAUCCAGCACGGCAGCGUCACUGUCAUACCACGUGGCAGUAGGGAGAUUACGCUCAACGAUGGAGCAUAUUUUGGAGAGAUCUGCCUUCUGACCCAAGGACGACGCACAGCCACUGUGAAGGCGGAAACAUACUGUCGCCUUUACUCCCUGAGUGUGGACAGUUUCAACGAAGUCCUGGAGGAGCAUCCUCUGAUGAGGAGGGCGUUUGAGAGCGUGGCUGUGGACCGCCUGGACCGAGUGGCUCGCAAACUCAGUGUUGAGCCACCUUCAGAUGAAUGACUUACUCAGUACCAAGAGAGAGAGACUCCUGCCUGAAAUGUGGAGGAUAUUUGUCUCGCUUUGACUGAACUUGACCACGAUACAAAGAAAUCUUUGAUGUACAUUGUAACAUUUGCUCUCUCAUUAAUGCUGAGUGACGGAGACUCUUGUUUUUAUUUAUUAACACAUUAGUGCUGCACUUUGUUGAAACUGUUGCUCCUUCAGAUGAUUUCAAUUUGUUUAUUGGAUCUUAAGUCGUUAUCUAAAAUCAUAAUUUAAGAUAAGAUAAGAUGUACUUUAUUAAUCCCAAUUUGGGCAUUUUUUUGUGUUGCAGCAGCAUAAAACAAAAGGCAUUGCACAUAAUAACAAAUUAAAAGAGUAGAAAAAACUAUUCUAAAAUAUAAACAUUUCAAAAUAGAAAUAAAAAAGCAUUAGAGAGUAAGACAAAUAUACAGAUGACCAAUUUCUGGUAAAUCUUUGUACAUAUUUCAUGUUAGAGUCAUGGUUCAGUUAACAAAUGAGAACAUCUCUAGUUUCUUCAGCAAUUUAUUUUUGGGGUGAUUUAAAUGCUUUUCCCCGAAUGGCAAGCCACAACAUUGACUUUUACUAAUGUUAAUACUGCUUUUCAUUUGCUUGUAUGCUUUCUAACACUGCAGUUCCAUUAUACAUUGCUUUAUUUAUACGAAAGCAGGAGCACCAUCUGGGCGAUGUAGCGCUGAUUCCAGUGAUCCCUCAGGUCUGUGGGAUGCAUCAAGUCUCGGAUUAACACUAAUGUUUAAAAAGCUGCUGUUACGUAAGAACGCUAAAUGUACAGAGACAAAUUGUACACAGUUAGACACCAAUGUUUAAAUUGCCACAUUUUCUGGUACACAAAGAGGUAUCCAAUAUUAUGUUAUGUAUACUUUAUUUUCAAAUAGCACCUUAGUCUGUUUUAGGGUUGCAAAAUUACGGGAAUUUUCAAAAUUGAAGGUUGGCUCUUCAUAGGGAACUUAAAUAUAGUUGGGGAAAGUAUAUUUUAGCAUAAUCUUGACUAAAACAAACAGAUGCCAUUCAAGUACACUUGAAUAUCCAUGCCAUAGCACACUGCUUACUGCAUGGCUAUUGAGCCCACACCACCUACAGCCACUGUGCAUUCCUCCAUCACAUGCACAGAUGAGUAAUAUUUAACUCAACAUUCCUGUUUUCGUUCUUCAAUUAAACAAAUAAUUGUUCAAUAAAAUAAUUAAAACUUGUUCUGUUCUACUU